GGAAGCCCGGAGCUUCUUCCCACGCGCUGGCCUGCAAGCCAUCCCCACCUUCUUUCUUCUCAUCUCUUUCUGGUCCUUCUCGUUCAGUUUGCCAGGAGGGUGGAAGAAGGCCCAGUCCUCUUGUGCUUCUGCCCAUAGCAGGUGCCACUACCACCAAGGGCCUCACUGUCUUCCUGUCUCUUCUCUCUCCUCUUGGGCCAGAAGCACAUGUGCAUGUGGCUGGUUGGAGGGGAUGCUGGUGGCAAGACAACUCUUCUUCACCACUGUUCCCAUCUUGGGUUUUAAGGCAGAAGCAGUGGACUGCAAGAACACUUGUUUACUGGUAAGGGCUGUUGGCGAUCGGGAUGAAACGAGGCCUCUCUGGAGGCAUUGCUUCCAGAACGCCCAGAGUCCUAUUUUUGUGGUAGACAGCAGUGAUCGUGAAAGAAUUCGGGGAGGAACAGCAGAGCUGCAGAAAAUCCUUCAGAAAGACAAGCUUCAGCAUGCAGUGCUGCUGCUUUUUGUGAACAAACAGGCUUUGCUAAAUGCUGUGGCCAUCGGUGAAAUGACAGUAAAUGAGGUCUUCGAUCUCUGUGUAACAGAACAUGGUAUGUUCAGGCGACUGGUGCUGCACAAGGAACUGGUCUGUCUGAGGGACUUGACUGGCCUCCGAGGAGCUUCCCAAAGGUUACACUGGACCUGACCUCGGAGAUGUUUCCCAGAACUGGUCUUGGCUUAUUACCACACUGUUAGUUUGCAUCUUGUUGUUAAACAGUAUCUGGGACUGGUUUGGGCAGAAUAAUACAGUCUUUUUUUUUUAAUUUUUG